UCAAAAAGCACAAAUCGGUUUUUUGUUGGCUUAAGAAAUGAAGUUUUUAAAUCUUCUCGGACGCUUAAAAUCAAAUGUCAUUGGCAUGAUUCACGUCCGAGCCUUACCAGGAACCCCCUUGAACCGCGCUACUCUCUCAGAGAUCACAGAGGAGGCAUGUCGAGAGGCGGAAAUUUACCACCACGCAGGACUUGAUGGGCUGAUCAUUGAAAACAUGCAUGAUAUUCCAUACACCCUUGAGGUGGGCCCAGAAGUGUGCGCAUCAAUGACAGCUGUGUGUGCAGCAGUCAGGAGACUUUAUCCGUCUUGGCCGCUCGGUGUUCAGAUUCUCUCAGCUGCAAACCAAUCAGCACUGGCUGUUGCCCUGGCCUCAGGGCUGGAUUUUAUCCGUGCAGAGGGGUUUGUGUUCUCACAUGUUGCAGACGAAGGCCUGCUAAACGCUUGCGCUGGCGAGCUGCUGCGCUACCGCAGACACAUUGGAGCAGAGCACGUUCAGAUCUUUACAGACAUCAAGAAGAAGCACAGUGCUCAUGCCCUGACUUCAGAUGUGAGCAUAGCUGAGACAGCCCAAGCAGCCGAGUUCUUCCUCUCUGAUGGAGUCAUCGUCACAGGAACUGCCACUGGAGCACAGGCUGAUCCAGAGGAACUGAGGGAGGUUACCCAGUCUGUACGGAUCCCUGUUCUCAUCGGUUCUGGAGUUACACAUGAUAACGUGGAGCAAUACCUUCAAGCAAGCGCCAUGAUCAUCGGCUCCCAUUUCAAGAAAGGAGGCCACUGGGCAAAUGGUGUGGAUGCUGAGAGAAUCAAUAGGUUCAUGGGGAAGAUGCACACACUUCGGGAGUGACUGUUGUGACUAAAAUUGCAAAAAAAAUAAAAAUAAGAGCAAUUGUGAAGAUACAA